AUGCCCUGCCCAAGGCCACCCUGGCUCCGCCGUCCCCGGGCCCCCCAGGGCUCGGUGCCCAGUUCCCCGGGCAGGGGAGAGGACGACAAUGAGGAGGAGGAGGAGGAAGAUGAAAAUGCAGGUUCUGGCUCCAUCCUGUCCCCUCCUUCGCCUGUGGAAUGCCUCAUCUGUGUGUCGCCCUUCGACAACGUCUUCAAGCUGCCCAAGCGCCUGGACUGCGGCCACGUCUUCUGUCUCGAAUGUCUGGCGCGCUUGUCACUGGCCACAGCGGGUGGCGGCGAUGCGGUGGCCUGCCCGGUAUGUCGGGCGCCCACGCGCUUAGCGCCGCGCCGUGGGCUACCAGCGCUGCCCACACAGCCGGACCUGCUGCCCCGCGAGGCGUGCGCGCCACCACCGCUGAGCCAGGGCUCAGUGCGCUUUGACCGCCGCCGUGGCCUGCUCUACCUGAGGCCCGCGCCGCCGCAGUCCGGGCCCGGACCACGCAAGGCCCGUGCCGCGCGCCCGCCGCCACCGCCUCCGCCGCUGCGCCUGGGCCGUCCACUGUCACGCCGCCUGACGCUCAGCAGCCCCACCUGGGCCUUUAACGCGGCCGUGGCGCUGGCCGUGCUGGUAGCCGCGGGCCUGAUCGUCUCCGGAGUCUAUAUCUUCUUCCUCAUCCCGCACGCCGCUUCAUCGGCCUCCGCGCGCCCCCAGCUGGUGGCACUCGCCCCGGCGCCCGGCUUCUCCCUCUUCCCGCCACGGCCGGUGCCCUGGACGCCCACCUGGACGUCGCGGCCAGAGCUGGAUGCCACUGCGCCAGGAGCCGCUCCGGACGCAGCCGAGACAGAGCCUGCGGGGGACACCGAGGACACGAUGGAGGCUUACGAGGAAAUGGACUGGGGCUUGGACCAAACGUGGGGGAGUGCAGCUGUCCCUGGCACGUCUCCCCCGGAAAGAAGUGGAAGGAGGGGUUGA